UUAUCGCUUCCAUACAUAUAUUGUCUAGUACAAUUUUAUUUUAAACCUAGAUCUAAAUGUGAUCAAAGCAUUUAGACAAUUACUAAUUAUCAUAGACACAUAGGUGUGGUUUGGUAUAUUUAAUUAGCCGUCAGCUUAUACUUUCUUACCGUGGCAUUAAAUCACGGUCUGUUCUUUGUGAGAUGUUUUGUUUUACAGUUGCCAUCAUGUCUGUAAUAUUUCUGUUGAGAUGUGGUGACUCCGUUUCAGAAUUAGACAUAAAUUCACGAGGGCAAUUGUUUCUUGUCACGUAUCCUAACUUCACUAUUGAGGAACGGACAUCUUCCCUAAUCUUUUCAGUUACAGCAAUAGUAGAAGCCUCUAACGACGUGGAAUUACUUUACAAAAAUGAAACACUGGCGUUUACACAUCUGUGGAGUGGCCUCGUUAAAGGAAAUUACGAUUUUAAAAUAAAAGGGGAAUAUAUCUUCGGAGUCAGCGACGAGACGGCAAAUGUAGCUACGCCUUUUGUCAUCACGAGCUCAUUAUUGAUUUCAUUGACGGUCCUUGUUUUCGUUAACCAAGCGAACAUGGCUUCUUUCCAGGUGUUGCCUGUAAGCUCCUGGGGCAAAAGUUACGUCAUCGUUACACUAAACCUCAAUCCUACUUUUCACAUCCUAAGCCAAGUAAAACAGCGAGCCCAUAUAGACUGGAGAUGCUCUUCCUAUUGCACCUUAUACUUUCGGAACAAACCGACAAUUGCAAAAGGCGAAAUACUUCUUGAGAGCGGCAUGUCUCUGGCCAUCUCCUACUGUUCCACAGACUACCCUGGCAAUCUUACUGGAACAAAAAUAACUGCAGAGCAACCAAUAGGAGUUAUCGUUGGCAAUUGUAUUACAGGAUCAGAUUUGUGCGCACCAGGUGGAAAAUCCCUUAGUGAUAUGGCUGCAGAGAUGGCACUGCCCGUAGUAAGUUUCGGCAAAGAAUUCAUAACUUUCAAAGUCAACCUCAGUAGUAUUGUGCACUCAGUAAACAUCCUAAUCGUCUCCUUGUCCAACAACACUCAAGUCGCCAUAUCCACAGGGAUUACGUUUGUCAGUUUUAAAAUUCACAAAGCUAGAAGUACGCAUCUUGUUAAUGAAGGCGAAUAUCCCAGCGUCAUUAAAAGCAACUACCCCAUACAAGUGAUGCUCAUUCUUAGACCUAGGUGUUUAGAAGGUGUCAAUGAGGCACCGAGUUUCCGCGGAGUGGCAGUCUCUCCUCUACUACCUACAAGUAUGUACUACAACGAGUACUUCUUGAGUAACUUGUCUCUGGCAUGGCCUGUGUUUGUCGUCAUGGUGAAAGAAAAACGUAUCAGGAUCUUCAUUGAAAACAAAGAAAAAGUCGUGGACAAAAAAUUAGUGAAGUGGACAAUGGUAAACGAAAGAUGGGAGUUUGGUGAAAUGCGCAUUACCUCCGAGAUGAGACUCUUUGCCAGAUUACCUUUUGGCUGUUAUGUUGCCAGCCUUAACGCCAAAUCCAGUAUCUUUCAUGUGGCUGGAUAUUCAAUGCGUAUCUAUUGCACUGUCAAAAUAAUGCGACCUUCUGAUAAAAAAGACAAUGAUUGUGACGGCGAGGUCGAUGAAGAGAUUGAAGAUGGCAAAGAUAACGAUAACGAUUUUUUAAUAGACGAAGACAUCAAAAAGAAAGUUCAAGGUGAAUGGAGCCUAUGGUACGACUGGUUCUGUGUUAAUGCCACACACCUGAUUAGGGAACGUGAUUGCGGCGCUGCCACUGCCAAGUCUCACACUGGUGUCGAAAAGUGUCAAGGAAACUCUAUCGAAAGUCUAGUAGUCGCACAAUGUGAGGAUGGAGGAGAAGCAAAACUUAAUUUUGGCGUUUGGAGUCAAUGGAGCGAUUGGGACUGUAGCAAGUCAUGUAUUGACACCGAUACAACCAAAAGAAUCAGGGAGUGCAUCAACGCAAACGCAGCCAGUGGGCAAUUCUGUGAGGGUAAAGAGAAUGAGAAUGAAAGCUGUUCUAUAUGCAAAGAUACAACCGAAUGUGGAUUAUUUCGCUGGGGAGAAAACUGUGAGAAAGAUUGCUCCAAUUGUCAAGGCCAAUGUUCCAAAAGUGCUGGCGUCUGCUCAGGCUGCAAGGCUGGCUUUAAAAACUCUCGAAACUCAUGCACAGAAGCCUGUAGAUUCAACGAGUACGGUGAAAAUUGUCGGUUCAGCUGUAUGGAGAAAUGUGGUGAAGACUGUGAGGAGCGCGAGUUCGGAACGUGCCCAGCCUCUUUCAGAGUCUUCUACAUAAGUGUAGUCCUAUUUUUAAUUUUUGUGCUCUUCACUGUGUUUUACCCUCUAAUACAAAGGAAGACAGACACAAUUAUAAAGGAUGAACAAUCUGCUACUUCGGUUAACUCGAGUCAGACAAGUGGGACAAGCACUUCACCGGUUGGUGUAGACAAAUCUGACUCCGUCAAGUAGUUAACUGUCCAGUGGUUUCUGAACAAGUCAAAAUAAAUCAACUGAGGCACACAGCUGUACAAAACUGGAAGAUGUUGGUUGAAAGCGAGAAUGAAUACAUGGAAAACAAUAGAUAAAGAACGUUAUUAAGAAUGUUAUUCAUCAUACACGUUGACAAUAGUCGUAUGGAGUUAGGGCUCAGCGAAUAUUGAUCAGGAAAUAAAAAUAUAGAAACAGACAGAAUUAAAAUAACAUAGGGGGGAUAAAUGAAAGAGGAAAAAAAAAACUAGAGUAAGAAAUACUAAAAGACUCUAAAAAAAUGUGAAAGAAAAAGAGACAGAAAGAUUGAGUUUGGAAAAUACAGACAAAAGAGAGACAGAGCCAGAAAGAGGGAGAAAUGUAACGAUGAAACUUACUUUUAUUUUUAAUUAGUGAGAAAAAGAAAGCGUUACAAUUAGUAGGUAGAAAAGUUUAGUUUUCCCCUUUCAGAUCUUGCUAUCUAUAGGGAUAGGUGAUGUAAAGGUCAUCUGUUUCUACGACACACUGUUAACGAGGGUGGCCAGCAUUACGACUAACCACCUUUACUUUUCACCAACUAAUGUCAGGUAACCAUUAGAUCUUGGCAUACUCAGAGGCGCCCUUAGAUUCCGAAAUUAAAAAUCAGUCUUCAGCAUGUUUCGAACCAGGGACCCCCCGUUUCAGAAGCCAAGCGCUUUAGCACUCAGUCACCACGCCUCCAUUAAAAUUAACACAGAGGAAAAAAAUAUAUUUAACACUUCAUUUAAGCAUAACUCUUAUAGACGCUUUGCUCUCUCCUGUCUCAUGAUGUCUUAGAGCUGUCUUCACAUUAUCUAUUCAAUCUUUGAUCAUUGAUAUAUUAAUGUUUUGUAUUUUAUUCAUUACAUACCAAACCUCGCCUAAGAAGUUUUACGUAGCCUAUAGCUUCAAAAUUAUAUUUGCUUAAAACAAUGUGCAACGUUCAAAAUGAAAAUUAUAUCGAUCGGGAAUGCAUUUACUCUUUAAUGUAAAAAUAAAUUAAAUAUGAAUAAACA